AUGCCCGUCAAGCGUAAAGCGGCGGACGACACGACGGGUCGAGCCUCGAAAAGAGGCACACCAGCUCCCUCUACGCCACAAAGCAUCGGUAGUGACGAUGACUACGUGUCGGACGAGUACGACGAGGAAGGAGAUUUAAUCCAGCUCGAUGCAGAGGAGAAGCAGAAGGCCAAAAGGGAAACGGCCGCUAUCAAGCGACUGGCUGAUCACACGCAGUUCUCAAAACUUUCGAAGAACUUCCAGCACUCGACCCUGUUCAAGAACAAGGAUUUCCAUAGGAUGCCAUUGAAGAAAGACCAUGAGAACCGUCCUUUAUGGCUUGACGCUCGUGUUGCCGACGGCUCUUCCAAGGGUCCAAAGAUUACUCUAGAAUACUUUGCUCCUAAUGCUGCGAAAGCGACCGAUCUCCUUACCACGAUCGCUGAACCUGUCUCGCGCCCUGCUCAUUUCCAUGAAUGGCGUAUCAACGAACAUUCCCUUUAUGCUGCACUUUCCGUAGGCCUCAAAGGCGACGAUAUAAUCAACGCUCUUGACAAGUUUGCAAAAACUGGCGUGCCUCAAGAAAUUAAAGAGUUUGUUCAUCGCAAUACUUUGACUUAUGGCAAAGUUCGCCUCGUCUUGAGGGAGAACAGAUUCUGGGUUGAAUCUGAAGACGACGAAGUGAUUCAUAGACUGUUGGCGGACCCGACCAUUGCAAGCUGUAAAGCUGCUGGUGCCGAAGUCGAAACUGGAGUCGUGCAGACGAGAGGAACGGUCAUUCAAGGUACGGCUCAGGCCAAGGGUCUUACACAAACAGCGGCCCAAGGCCCUGAAAUCCCACGCGAUGACCCGGCCGCUGAGCAGGAACGCAUGAUCGCCGCGCUUCGCGACGAGGAUGAUGACGAGGACACCUUCCGCAAGACUCACAGUUUUGAGAUUACUCAAGGUCACCGAGAGCAAGUUGCGCAAAGGUGUCUAGAUAUGGGCUUGCCAGCAGUAUCUGAAUACGAUUUUGCCAAUGACAGGAUAAACCCGAGUCUGCUCAUCGAUCUGAAGCCACAAACGCAGAUCCGCCCCUAUCAGGAGAAGGCUCUGAGUAAGAUGUUCGGCAAUGGCCGUGGUAAAAGCGGUAUUAUUGUCCUACCAUGUGGUGCUGGCAAGACACUUGUUGGCAUUACUGCAGGCUGCCACAUUAAAAAGAGCAUCGUCGUCCUCUGCACGAGCGGUAUGUCCGUAACGCAGUGGGCUGGAGAGUUCAAAAAGUGGUCGGAUGUUCGCGAAGAAGACGUUGCUUCCUUCUCUUCUACUUCCAAAACCAAGUUCAAGGGUGAGGCGGGUGUUUUGGUCUCAACUUACAGCAUGAUGUGUAUGGAUCCUGACAACAACAAAGCAGCCCACGACACAAAGGAGAUGCUUCGAUGGGUGCGCAGUAAGGAAUGGGGUCUUAUGAUCCUCGAUGAAGUCCACGUUGUUCCUGCGCAAACGUUCCGCAAGGUUACCGAUGGAGUGAGAGCACAUUGCAAGCUCGGUCUUACAGCCACACUCCUUCGUGAAGAUGACAAGAUUACAGACUUGAACUAUCUCAUAGGUCCUAAGCUAUAUGAAGCAAACUGGAUGGAGCUUGCCAACCAAGGUCACAUUGCUCGCGUCCAGUGCGCAGAGGUCUGGUGUCCGAUGUCCAUGGAAUUCUAUAAGGAAUAUCAGAAAGCUUCCGCUCGAAAGCAAUUGCUUUUCUACGCUUGCAAUCCUGUCAAGUUUCAGGUUUGUCAAUUUCUAAUCAACUAUCAUGAGUCUCGUGGAGACAAAAUCAUUGUGUUCUCGGACAACAUCUUUGCUCUCGAGCACUAUGCCAAGACUAUGAUGAAAGCUUAUAUUCAUGGCGGGACGUCUGAGAGAGAACGUCAGGAAGUCUUAGACAACUUCCAGCAUAACGAUAUGGUUAACACCGUCUUUCUCUCCAAGAUCGGAGACACAUCUUUGGAUUUGCCAGAGGCGACGGUCCUAAUUCAAAUCUCGUCGCAUUACGGUUCCCGUCGUCAAGAAGCGCAACGUCUCGGACGCAUUCUCAGGGCUAAGCGAAGAAAUGAUGAAGGGUUUAAUGCCUAUUUCUACUCACUUGUCUCCAAGGACACAACAGAGAUGGCAUACUCGGCUAAACGCCAAGCUUUUCUGGUCGAUCAAGGAUAUAGCUUCAAAACAAUCACACACCUCAAAGGUAUGCAGGAGCUGCCUGGCCUCUUGUAUCGAGAUCCACGAGAGCGCAUGGAACUGCUCAGUGAUGUGAUGCUGCAGUCUGAAGAUGCUGCAAAAGAAGAGAGCAUCAAGGGUAACCUAUGGAGCGAUAUGAGCACUAAUCAGAAGAAAUCACUUGGUCGUUCAGCUGGUGUACGACGUACAGCAGCCAGUCUUGCCGAUAUGGGUGGUGGUGGUAUCAUGGCGCCAUUGUACACAGAGCGUGCUAGAGGUGCAAAGAACGAAGAGAAAAGUGCAUUCUUUGAAAAGGAGAAGAGAAGGCGAAUCAAUCUGGAGAAGAAGCGACGGCAGGAGGCUGCGGAGGCGGAGGUGCAGGCGAGCAGAGGGAGGUGA